CCUUCUGUCUGUCUGUUUUAUGAUCAGUAGAAUGUGUGUGUGCGGCUUCGACUGAGAGAGCGGUGUAAUGAUAAAAGCCGCAUUUGCGGUACCCUCCUCUCACCUCAUAUAAGUCAGGAAAAAACGGAGAAACCGUCUUAUUUCGUUCCUCCUCGAGCCCUAGACUUAUCCACGUCUCGGAGAACAUUGUGAAGCACCAUGUCCAGGCCGUCAGGGGGCGGUGUUUCCAAUGAUGUCACCCGCUUCCUGUCCACGGGGGUGGUGCCAGGCUCGCCCACUUCCUCUACCCCCACUGGCCACGUAUUCUCCGCCUCCAGCCAGGCUGAUUGGGCGGCAAAGAGGCUCGUCUGGGUUCCGUCCGAGAAGCACGGCUUUGAGUCUGCCAGUAUCCGUGAGGAGCGAGGGGAUGAGGUGGAGGUGGAGCUAACAGACAGCCAGAGGAAGUUGACCCUGUCCAGGGAGGAGGUCCAGAGGAUGAAUCCUCCCAGGUUCAGUAAGGUGGAGGACAUGGCUGACCUCACCUGUCUCAACGAAGCCUCCGUUCUACACAACCUCAGAGAGAGAUACUACUCUGGCUUGAUAUACACAUACUCGGGCCUGUUCUGUGUGGUGAUCAACCCCUAUAAGAACCUGCCCAUCUACACAGAGUCUAUAGUGGAGAUGUAUCGAGGGAAGAAACGCCAUGAGAUGCCCCCUCACAUCUACGCUAUAUCAGAGGCUGCCUACCGCAGCAUGCUACAAGACAGAGAAGAUCAAUCUAUCCUCUGCACCGGCGAGUCUGGCGCAGGGAAGACAGAGAACACUAAGAAAGUCAUCCAGUAUCUGGCUCAUGUGGCCUCAUCCCAUAAGACUGGAACUCUGGGUAGAAACAAGGAGGCCUCACAGAUGGAUGGCAGUAGGUCGUUGCCCCGGGGCAGUUCCAUGGUGAACAGGGGGGAGCUAGAGAGACAGCUGCUACAGGCCAACCCAAUCCUGGAGGCCUUCGGAAAUGCCAAGACUGUCAAGAACGACAACUCCUCCAGAUUUGGCAAAUUCAUCCGUAUUAACUUUGACGUGGCUGGAUAUAUUGUCGGUGCCAACAUUGAGACCUACCUGCUGGAGAAGUCGAGGGCGAUCCGCCAGGCCAAAGAUGAAAGGACCUUCCACAUCUUCUACCAACUCAUGUGUGGAGCUUCAGAGACCACCAGAGCAGACCUUCUCCUUGGUAGUGCUGACCAGUACAGGUUUCUGAGUGGAGGUGCUAUACCUGUUCCAGGCCAAAGUGAUGCUGACAACUUCACCCAGACCAUGGACUCUAUGACCAUCAUGGGAUUCACACCAGAGGAGUCUCUGUCCAUGUUGAAGGUGAUCUCUGCGGUGCUCCAGUUUGGGAACAUCUCGUUCACUAAGGAGAAGAACCAGGACCAGUGCUCCAUGCCAGACGACACGGCUGCCCAGAAACUGAGCCACCUGCUGGGCAUCAGCGUGCUGGAGUUCUCCCGGGCCAUCCUCACCCCCAGGAUCAAAGUAGGACGCGAGUACGUUCAGAAGGCCCAGACCAAAGAACAGGCUGACUUUGCUGUGGAGGCGUUGGCCAAAGCUACAUAUGAGCGCCUGUUCCGUUGGCUGGUCCACAGGAUCAACCGGGCGCUGGACCGCAGACAGAGACAGGGAGCCUCUUUCAUAGGCAUACUGGACAUAGCAGGCUUUGAGAUCUUCCAGUUGAACUCAUUUGAGCAGCUAUGUAUCAACUACACCAACGAGAAGCUGCAGCAGCUGUUCAACCACACCAUGUUCAUCCUGGAGCAGGAGGAGUACCAGAGGGAGGGCAUCGAGUGGAGCUUCAUCGACUUCGGCCUGGACCUGCAGCCCUGCAUCGACCUCAUCGAGAGACCGGCCCAGCCCCCUGGUGUGCUGGCCCUAUUGGAUGAGGAGUGUUGGUUUCCGCGGGCGACAGAUCGUUCAUUUGUGGAUAAGCUGUCUGCUGAGCAGGGGACACACCCUAAAUUCUUCAAACCUCGACAAAUACGACAAGAGGCCGACUUCGCCAUCAUCCACUAUGCUGGGAAGGUGGACUAUAAGGCAGAUGAUUGGCUGGUGAAGAACAUGGAUCCUCUGAAUGACAACAUAGCGUCUCUCCUCCACCAGUCCUCUGAUCACUUCAUCUCUGAGCUCUGGAGAGAGGAUAUUCAGACUCUUCCUCGAGUAUAUUUCUUUGACUCCUAUGCCACACUGCAGACCAAUGGCUCUGACAUGGAGAGGCCCGUAGGUCUGGACCAGGUGUCCAACGACACCAACAGUGGGCCGGUCAACUUCGGUGCGGGGCUGAAGACUAAGAAGGGGAUGUUCAGGACCGUGGGUCAGCUCUACAAGGAGUCCCUCACCAAGCUGAUGGCAACACUACGCAACACCAACCCGAACUUCCUCCGCUGUAUCAUCCCCAACCACGAGAAGAAGUCUGGUAAGCUGACUCCCCAUCUUGUUCUGGACCAGCUGAGGUGUAACGGAGUCUUAGAGGGGAUCCGCAUCUGCAGACAGGGCUUCCCCAACCGCAUCCCCUUCCAGGAGUUCAGACAGAGGUAUGAGAUCCUGACUCCUAAUGCUAUCCCUCGUACCUUCAUGGACGGGAAGCAGGCCUGUGAACUCAUGAUCAGUGCGUUGGAGCUGGACCGUAACCUGUUCAGAGUUGGGCAGAGCAAAGUGUUCUUCAGGGCUGGAGUCUUAGGUCACCUGGAGGAGGAGCGAGACCUGAAGAUCACUGACACCAUCAUACGCUUCCAGAGCGCUGCCCGAGGAUUCCUCGCACGCAGGGCCUUCCUGAAGAAGCAGCAGCAGCUGAGUGCUAUGAGAGUGAUGCAGAGGAACUGUGCUGCCUACCUCAAACUCAGGAACUGGCAAUGGUGGAGGCUGUUCACCAAGGUGAAGCCUCUGCUGCAGGUGACUCGUCAGGACGAAGAGAUCCAGGUGCGGGAGUCGGAGCUUAAGAAUGCCAAAGACAACCUGACCAGAGUGGAACAGGACUACACUGAUCUGGACAAGAAGCACAUACAGCUGAUGGAGGAGAAGGCGGUGCUGACAGACCAGCUGCAGGCGGAGGCGGAGCUGUUUGCUGAGGCGGAGGAGAUGAGGGCCAGACUGGUCAGCAGGAAGCAGGAGUUGGAGGAAAUCCUGGGGGAGCUGGAGGGACGAUUGGAGGAGGAGGAGGAGAGGGGCGUUCAGAUGACCAAUGAGAAGAAGAAGAUGCAGCAGCACGUGACGGAUCUGGAGGAGCAGUUGGAGGAGGAGGAGUCGGCCAGACAGCGCCUCCAGUUGGAGAAGGUUACCCUAGAGACCAAGGUCAAGAGUCUGGAGACAGAGAUGCUGAGCACUGGAGAACAGAGAGACCGCCUCAGCAAGGAGAAGAAGCACCUGGAGGAGAGGUUGAAUGAGGUGACAGACUCACUGACCGAGGAAGAGGAGAAGACCAAGAGUCUCAACAAACUGAAAAACAAACAGGAAGCAGUCAUUGCUGACCUGGAAGAUCGGUUGAAGCGUGAGGAGCAGGGUCGUCUGGAGCAGGAGAAGUGGAGGAGGAGGAUGGAGGGAGAAGCCGUGGAAGCCCAGGAGCAGCUCUCUGACCUGGGACUACUGUCCGCUGAACUCAGGGGCACCCUGGCUCAGAGAGAGAAAGAUAUCACAACCCUACAGGGGAGAUUGGAGGAGGAGGGUGCACGAAGGACUGAGGCUCAGAGGGCUCUGAGAGAGGCCAUGUCUCAGGUGUCAGAGCUGAAGGAGGAAGUGGAGAAUGAACGAGGGAUGAGAGAGAGGGCAGAGAAACAGAGGAGAGACCUGGGGGAGGAGCUGGAGGCCUUGAGGACAGAGCUGGAAGACACACUGGACACCACGGCGGCCCAGCAGGAACUCAGGUCUCGUAGAGAGGCAGAGCUGGGGGAACUCCAGAGGUGUGUUGAGGGGGAGACGAGACGUCACGAGGCCCAGCUCUCAGAGCUCAGAGUCAAGCACUGCUCUGCCAUAGACAACCUGCAGGAACAACUGGACAACAGCAAGCGGGCCCGUCAGUCCCUAGAGAAGGCCAAGACUCUAUUAGAGGAUGAGAGGGUGAGCUUGGCCUCAGAGCUGAAGUCCCUGCAGGGGGGCCGCAUGGAGAGUGAGAGGGGCCGCAAGAGGGCAGAGGGCCAACUCCAGGAGCUGACCGCACGCCUUGCACAGGCCGACAGAGAGAGAGAGGAGAGAGAGGAGCGACUGCACAAGCUACAGUCUGAGAUGGAGACCCUCUCUAGUUCUCUCUCCUCCUCUGACUCCAAAUCGCUCCGUCUCAACAAGGAGGUCAGCAGCCUGGAGAGCCAGCUCCACGACGCUCAGGAGCUACUUCAGGAUGAGACUCGUCAGAAGCUGGCUCUGGGCUCCAGGGUGAGAGCUCUGGAGGAGGAGAGGAAUGGACUGAUGGAGAGAGUGGAGGAGGAAGAGGAGAGAGCCAAGGAUCUCUCCAGACAGAUACAGACUCACACUCAGCAGCUGGCUGAGUUGCGGAGGCAGUCGGAGGAGGUGAAUGGGGCGGUGGAGGCAGGAGAGGAGACCCGUAGGAAACUGCAGAGAGACCUAGACCAGGCCGUCCAGAGAGAACGACAGAAGGAGGAGGAGAAAGAACGCGUGGAGCGACAGAGGGAGAGGCUGAGGGAGGAGAUAGAGGACAUGACCCUGGCCCUGCAGAGAGAGAGACAGAACUGCACCACCCUGGAGAAGAGGCAGAAGAAGUUUGACCAGUGCCUGUCAGAGGAGAAGGCGGUGAGUGCCCGGCUGGCUGAGGAGAGAGACAGGGCCGAGGCAGACAGUAGAGAGAAGGAGACACGCUCCCUGGCACUGGCACGAGCCCUGCAGGAGGCCCAAGAUCAGAGGGACGAGCUGGAGAGAUCUAACAAGCAGCUCCGCAUAGACAUGGAACAACUAGUCAAUCAACAGGAUGACGUGGGGAAGAAUGUGCAUGAGUUGGAGCGUUCCCGCCGGGCCCUGGAGACAGAGGCAGAGUCCCUGCGCACUCAGACCCAGGAGCUGGAGGAGGAGCUGGGGGAGGCGGAGAACUCCAGGCUGAGGCUCGAGGUCACCCUCCAAGCCCUCAGGGCCCAGUUUGAGAGAGAGAUCAGCACCAAGGAGGAGAAAGGAGAGGAGAAGAGGAGGUCUCUCAACAAACAGGUGAGGGAGUUGGAGACCCAGCUAGAGGAGGAGAGAAGUCAACGCUCUCAGGCCAUGUCCGUCAAGAAGCAGCUGGAGGGGGAGCUACAGGAGGCUGAGGCCCAGGUGGAGACAGCCAAUCGCGGCAGGGAGGAGGGGCUUAGGCAGCUACGGAGACUGCAGGUUCAGAUGAAGGAGGUGCUUCGUGAGCUGGAUGAGUCCAAGCUGGCCCGUGACGAGGUGGUCGUCCAAUCAAAAGACACAGAGAAGCGCUUGCAGACCUUGGAGGCGGAGUUACUGCAGCUUACAGAGGAUUUAUCAGUGUCUGAGAAGAUGAGGAGACAGGCCCAGCAGGAGAGAGAUGAGAUGGCUGAUGAGAUCGUCAACAGCUCUACCGGGAAGUCGGCUCUGUGUGAUGAGAAGCGGAGGUUGGAGGCGCGAGUCACUCAGCUGGAGGAGGAGUUGGAGGAGGAGCAAAGCAAUGCUGAACUAGUGGCCGAGAGACACAGGAAGACUACACUUCAGGUGGAGACUCUGACGGUGCAGCUGCAGGGAGAGAGGACCCUGGGCCAGAAGGCUGAGGGGGCCAGGGAGGCUCUGGAGAGGCAUAACAAGGAGCUGAAGCUGAAGCUGGGAGAGAUGGAGGGAGCUGUCAGGGGAAAACACAGGCUCAGUGUCGCCGCCCUGGAGGCCAAGAUGGACGGCAUGGAGGAGCAGCUGGAGCAGGAGAGACAAGAGCGAGCGACAGCCAACAAGCUGGUGAGGAAGACAGAGAAAAAACUGAAGGAGGUGAUGAUGCAGGCAGAGGACGAGAGGAGACACGCAGACCAGUACAGAGAACAGUUGGAUAAGUCUAUGGGCCGGCUGAGGCAGCUGAAGAGGCAGCUCGAGGAGGUGGAGGAGGAUAACUCUCGUUCCAACGCCCAGAGACGUAAACUGCAGAGAGAGAUGGAGGAGCUGACUGACAGCUCCCAGAGCAUGACUCGCGAGAUCACCGCUCUACGCAGCCACCUCAGUCUGCCUCACACUCCACUCCAUCCACUCAGCAUCACCACAUCUGAACGGAAACCAGAGAAGCGUGCUCCGAUGCCCCUUGGGAUGCGCUCAGGUCGCAGGGCGUUGGUGGAUGAUCUGUCGUGUGAGAACUCUGACUCGGAGGAGCCCCCCCCCUCCCCGACUCCUUCUUCUGGAACUGGCCCCGGAACUGGCCCAGGCACCCCCACACCCCCCUCUGAAAACAACAGUCUGGGACCCCCCCCACCAUACAGCCUCAACGACACUGAGUAACACACACACAAACACACACGCAUACAUACAGAUACAUACUCACACAGACGCAUAGGCCUGCAUACAUGUAUAUGUACAUACAAAUACACCCUCACAUAGACUGACUUACUGAUCCUGCACUUCUUUAAACUAUUUCCUCUGCAGUCCAAACUAGAACAAGGAGCAUAAACACACUCACACACACUCUCUUUCUCUCUCUCUCUCUCUCUCUCUCUCUCUCUCUCUCUCUCUCUCUCUCUCUCUCUCUCUCUCUCACACACACACACACACACACACACUCUCUCUCUCUCUCUCUCUCUCUCUCUCUCUCUCACACACACACACACACACACACACACACACAAUUUAAGGGUGGAAGAGGAUUUGUUGAUGAUUCGUGAGCAAGAAUAUGGACUUUAAUCUCACUGGGGGAGGCAUCUGAGGGAAAGUGAAUUAUAUCAGCAUAGCCAUGUUCUUUUGUUAUGAUACUGUAUUAUGCUUCAAAUGGCAGAAGUAAGAUGGCUACUAGCCACUAUCAAUGUAAGGCCAUGUUUAACCCUUUGAGGAACUCUGACAAUAUUCCACCUGUGUUUAGCGUUCUAGUUGAGGACAUCGCAAAGGGCUGCUAAAUGUUCUAGAAUGCUGUAGAAUCCUGGAAUAAAACACUCCGAAUAAUGUUCCACUCCUCAAAGGGUUAAUGACAAUCUGCAUGUUUGAGAAGACAUUUUGCAAGAUUAGAGAAACACACACAUGCACACACACACACAUGCGCACACACACGCACACACACAUGCACACACACACACACACACACACACACACACACACACACACACACACACACAGGGGACUGAUUCAUGUUUCUAUGUAUGUAGUCCCUCUGUCAGUGUGUGUCCUGGAAAAGGUAAUCGCUCAUUGACUGCUAGUGUGAAAGACAGCUGAUAUGCUCUUCUGUCUUUUAACAAGCCUGGGAGAAGCUCCCAUGAGUUGUUCAUCUUUCUCUCUCUCACUUGAAUUUCAAUUUAAGGCCAAGUUGUUAUUUUAAAAUGUAUUUUAGAAAACAAACACAUAAUGUCUGUGAAGUAUUUUAGGAUAUAUUACUCAUUUGUUUGUAGUUUGAAUUAGGUCAUAUAUGGGGGAAAUAUCAAUCAGGGAAGAGAGUUAAUAAGUGAGAGAGAAAAAAUGAAAAAUGAUAAUCAACCUUGCUGUUGUAUGCACAAUGAAGAAUGAAGCCAGCGCCAAGUUUCUAUAGAAAAAGACUGAUGCUAUUUCACUCCAUCAUCACACAUACUGGUGGAACUGGCGAGGGCAUAAACACCGGCAUCAUCGUAGACCUUAUCAAUCCAUCUUAUGAUUGUCAUGAGAUGAUGAAAUGUUGCUAUCUUUUGUCAUGAGAAGCGAUGACAACCAAACAUGUUGUUGCAGUUGCAUCAAACACUAUUGCAAAACAAACCAUGCAGUCUGUCUUCGGUCCUGUGCUCUGAUCUGGGUUAUCUAGACAUUCAUUGACCUUUUUGGAUUGAGACAGAUAGGUAGUUACUGUAGUUAGGCCAAUGGAUUGCAUAGGUAGGUAUACAUUAGGUAGAUAGAUACAGUAGGUAGAUAGAUACAGUAAGUAGAUAUACAGUAGGUAGAUAGUUUCUUUAAGUCUUUAACAUAUCUCUUCUUAUAAAUACAGGCAGUUGAAUCUAUGUCAUUUAUAUCAGUCUGAAUAUGAGCAAAAUCCUCCAUUAUUUAUUGCCGCUGUGUCUGACUUGUGUUGUUGAAUAAUUCCUGGAUGGGGUAUUGGUUGUUCUAUUUGACAGUGUAUCAGGAUGUUAGGGAAGUUUGUAGGUCUUGGUUAGUAGGGAAUGCACUGGAAAUAUAUUGGACAGAGAGAUGACAGACAUUUAAGACAGUAACCAACACUACAUCAGAACUCACCUGUGGAGCAGGACACUGGAAUCUCUUACACAGAACAGGAACAUGUGAAAAUUGAGGACGUAAUGUUGGCGUUUUGAGACUGCUAGUCAUUCUCAACAUCAUAAGCAUCCAUAUCUUUUGUGUUUAUCAAACAGACAUAUUGUACAUUGUAAUAUUGUUUUUUAAAAUUCAUUCAUUAUGUAAUAUAUUUAUGGAACAAAGCUUUUGUGUUUAACCAAAUGGUGGGCGUAUGGAUGAGGAAAGGGACUUAUUGUAUACGUAGGAGAAUAGAAUAGAUCCAAGUAGAGUAGUAGGGCGGAGACGAGUGUUGGGGGAAUAUCCACUGUAAUCCAUAGAACUACCCUCUGGAAUAACAGACCAAAGUGGAGGACUUUUUCCAGCAACUUCCGUUGAGUUCAUUGUCUUCAGAUCUGUCCUACGAAGCACCAAGAAAACCCUGUUUCUACCCGGAAUUUCUGUAUAGAUUUACAUUUACAUUUAAGUCAUUUAGCAGACGCUCUUAUCCAGAGCGACUUACAAAUUGGUGAAUUCACCUUCUGACAUCCAGUGGAACAGCCACUUUACAAUAGUGCAUCUAAAUCAUUUAAGGGGGGUGGUGAGAAGGAUUACUUAUCCUAUCCUAGAUCAUUCUAGAACAGUAACGCUCUAGGCUUCCCUCCCCUUAUAUCAUAAUAGUGUUUUUGCGGAAGUCAUAAGGGGUCAAAUCUUCCAAAAUGUUGUCUUUUCAUUAAGUGACAGACAGGGAGAUUUCUAGCCAGUUAGAAGAUAUGGUUUUAGAGUAUACAUGCCCCGCCCCCCUUCAAUCUCCAACAACAUUCACCAUUCAUUCAAGUUUAACAAGUGCAACACCUUUUUGUUAGUGUAUAUUGUUUAUAUUUGAACUCCUCUCAGCCCCAGAACCUCUCUGCCUGACAUGGCAGAAGUCUGUACAGAGAAUAAAUAUCCUGUCCAUAUACUGUUCUUACAGACACACGACACCUUGACAUAGGGACGUUUCGCUGCUCAGUCUAGUUAAACACUACGUAUUUGCAUGGCGGUGCAUUCCAUUGAUUAUAGCAUUGGCCGCAUAGUCUCACGGUUGUCUGCUCUUGUACAAGGAAGAGUAUUUAUCUCCCUCCACAUAAGACUAGGACAUUCCCCUUGAAACGCAUGCAGGGUUGAACUAAAAGGUUGUUUAAAGAGCAACGUUACAGUUCCCCAUCAUUAUCUCAUGUCAAGCUUGACGCAGUGGAGAGCAAAGUUACAGUUCCCCAUCAUUAUCUCAUGUCAACUUGACACAGUGGAGAGCAAAGUUACAGUUCCCCAUCAUUAUCUCAUGUCAACUUGACACAGUGGAGAGCAAAGUUACAGUUCCCCAUCAUUAUCUCAUGUCAACUUGACACAGUGGAGAGCAAAGUUACAGUUCCCCAUCAUUAUCUCAUGUCAACUUGACACAGUGGAGAGCAAAGUUACAGUUCCCCAUCAUUAUCUCAUGUCUAGCUCGACGCAGUGGAGAGCAAAGUUACAGUUCCCCAUCAUUAUCUCAUGUCAAGCUUGACGCAGUGGAGAGCAAAGUUACAGUUCCCCAUCAUUAUCUCAUGUCAAGCUUGACACGGUGGAGAGCAAAGUUACAGUUCCCCAUCAUUAUCUCAUGUCAAGCUUGACACAGUGGAGAGCAAAGCCAAGAUCCCUUUGGAUCCUUUUCAUGACAGUACUAUAGAAACAGUCAGAUCUUCAGAACUAGCAGCCUAAUGAGGACAUGGGAUCUUUGAAUUAACAAUGAGUUCUAUUAGUAUUUGAUUACAGAAAAAAUUAUGACAUGUAUUUGGUCUUUUUUUCUUCCUCUUCAUGUGAUUUAUUUGGCAAAAUGUACUUUUUUUGUAAGUUACUGUUAAUGCUGCACUUUACAUAUGCACCAACAGAGGGCAGACUCCGGCAGUAUCAGUGGCUGGCAUUGAUUCACAGUCAGUCCCAUCUCUCUGAAGAUGAUGCAGAUUUUAUAUGUAAAUCUAACUGAUUUGUCAAAGAUCUGAACAGAUGUUUUAAAUGUUAUUUGGAUGCAAACUGUCACUUUAAAGUUGUGAAAAUUAAGAUCACUACAUUUUAAACUAUCUAGGUUUGGUCUUCAGGGGAAGUAGUAGGAAGGUUGGUUUGAGGUUAAAGGUUAAAGGCUGACCCCUGGAAUGAAGUGUCUGUGCCGCUGUAGAGAGACCGGUGCUUUUUCAAAGGUGUUAUAAUUAUUAUAUUAUUUUGUUUUCUUUCUUUUAUGGCUUCUGUGGAAAUUGAACAUUUUGGAAAUGUGUUGUUUAUUAGACAUUUUUUGUUGAUGAUGCUGUAAUUAUAAAACAUAUCUGACUGGGAUGAACUUUAAUAUAUGUUGUUGGUUUUGA